AUGAAUGCCUUCCUCAAUCUCGCCGGCAGCCCUCAGCAGCUGCUGCUGGAGACGAGGAGGGCUGAAGCGAAGGCGACACAAGUACAGGAAAUCUUCGACAGAGCAACUCUCUGCUUCGAAGUGUUCCACGGAUUAAAGGAAUACAACUACGCGACACAGUUGAUCAUGCGCGGUCAGUUGUGCAAGAAGGAAGUCCACAAUCUGCACAGCCUAGGCGACCUUGUCUUUCAAGAGCCGGUCAAGGCUAGCAUAAGUGAGCUGAAGGUCAUCCUGCCCAAGUGCAUCUGCACCACCUCUCGCCAUGAUAUGAGUGCCUGUGAGUGUGCUGGCAUGAAUUCUGCCGCAUACUAG